AUGUCGGCCACACUUGCAAUCCGGUCAACAGCCAGGUUGGUCGCUACAGGGGCCGCCAAACUGGCAAGAGGCAAGAGGCUCAUCACAACAACGACAACAACAAAACCAAAACCAAAACCAACGAAGACGACGUUAAAGACGCCCGCGCAAAACCUGGUCAGCACAAGCGACCUCGGUAUUGUGUCUACGCUGCCUCAGCAACUCCUCAAUUUCCUCGCCAAAUACCCGCCAGAGCAUUAUUCGGGAGCUGCUAGGCCGAGUUUGAUGACCCUGCCGCCUGCCAUGACAGAACCAGUGGAACCAGCUGCAGGAGAAGCAGAGGCAGAGGCAGAGGCAAAGGUAGAAGUAACAGGAGCAGAAGUAGCAGAAGCUGUGGAAGCCACAGUAUCGGCAACAGAGGUCGUCAUUGAAUCAGAGGCAGAAAAAGUAGUCGAAGCAGGAUCAGAAGCCGCAGAAGCAACCGAAACGACCGAAACAACAACCACAACAGCAGUGCUCGACAAACUACCAUCCCCAUACACCCCCAACCGCGACGCCAAGGGCUCCAAAAAACCAGACCCAACACUAUGGUCCCCAUCCAAAGCGCUCCUCCAAACGUCCAAAGAAUAUCCCAACCCAUUCCUCCCGGUGAAAAACCUCAAAACCGGAAAAUGGUGGUCUCCUAAGUAUAGUCUGCGCAGACAGGCCGACCUGGUGAAGAUGGCCAAGAAACACGGCGUCGAAGAACUGUUGCCCAUUGGCCGCAAGUCGACCAUUUUCAAGGAAACGCGUCGUAUGGAGCGUGGUCUCGCUAUCAAGGGUACUGGUAUUGGCCAAAAGGUCAAGGGUCACAAGUGGGAACGGCUGAUGGAGACCAAGCUCGAGGACAGGAGGAAGGCCAUGAUGGAGAUGCCGGAACUGAUCAGAUUAUGGAAGCAGAGAGGACAUGGACGAGGAUGGAAGAAGUGGCCCAAGCGGUAG